AUGUCCAAAAUUGCCGAGUUUGAUAUUAUAAAAAAGAUUGGUCAGGGUACCUUUGGUGUGGUGCAAAAAGCGAAGAAUAAAAGAACAAGAGAGUUGGUUGCAUUGAAACAAUUGAUUAAUCAUUCGGCUAAAGAAGGCUUUCCGAUCACAGCUAUGAGAGAGAUAACCAUUCUCAAGAGUCUAAGUCAUAAAAAUGUUCUUAAAAUCACAGGAAUGAUCUAUGAAGAGGUCAAAGCCAGUACUCCAGAGGAUGCCGUGCGUCAGCGAGGAUGUUUCUACACGAUUUCGCCGUACAUGUCUUUGGACUUGGUUGGACUCUUGGAAAAUCCACAGAUUAAGCUUACAGAGGCCAUGGUGAAAUGUAUCAUGCAACAGCUUCUUCGGGGAGUUGACUAUAUUCACCAGCAGCACUACCUCCAUCGAGACAUCAAGGCAGCCAACAUUUUGAUAGAUCCGCACGGGGUGGUUAAAAUAGCAGAUUUCGGGCUUGCCAGAAUAUAUCACGGCAAGACCCCUCUCAAGGGAUUGGGACCAGGCGGAGGCGAGAGAGCAUAUACAGCAUUGGUGGUGACCAGAUGGUAUAGGUCACCCGAGUUGCUCCUAGGAGAGCGCAAAUAUGGAACCGCCGUGGACAUGUGGGGAGUUGGGUGUGUAUUUGGGGAGCUUUUCACCAAAAAACCUAUAUUGGUUGGGUCCUCUGAUUCCAAUCAGGCGCAACUUAUAUUCGACAUGGUUGGCCCACCAUCCCGCGAGAACUGGGCUUCUGCAUCACAACUUCCUAACAAGCAAGACCUCAAUAUUGGACUUACGUGCAAGCGGUCUUUGGAGCAGCGCUUCGUGCCAUUGAUGGGUGAGCUUGGAGUUCUGCUUCUCGACAAGUUUCUUACAUUGGAUCCUGAAAAGCGCUGGAACGCUCAGGACGCCUUGGACCAUGAAUACUUUGAGGCUGACCCCAAACCAUUGACGCCCGAAAAAAUGCCUGCCUUUGAGGAGAGCCAUGAGAUAGAUAGAGAACGGUUCAAGAGACAGCGGACAGAAGGCCCCGAAUUGGAGCCACAGGAAAAGAAACCAAAACCAGACACUUACGUGAGCCGACUGACGAGACCUGGAAUCACAGGCAUUCGUACGAAGCCUGUUAAGCCAAGGUAUUAA